GUCCCCAAGCGGGUGCGAAUGUCUAUCAGGCCAGUCCCCAAGCGGACGCGGAUGUUAAUCAAGCCAGUCCUCAAGGGGCAGGACAGUUGUUCUCCUUCGAGGACCUAAACGCGUCGUAUGGAGACUGGGACACCUCACCAAAUUCAACGCGCUUGGAGGAAAGCGCCUUCCUGCAUCCAGCUCUGGGCCAAGUUGUGACGCCAGGUUCGGAGGACCCGGUUGCCAGUGAGUCAUCGGACGACGGUCUUUGGAGGAGGCGCAGUCGUGCAGACGAUAUGGAAGACAUGGUGCACCGCCCAUCGCGGCAACCUUUACAACCCUCGCCGCCAGACCUCGCCGUCGAGCAGGGUCGUUACGACACCCUGAUGCGACAUCCUCCUGCCCUCACCCCAGAACAAUCAGCGAUGAUGCCGCCCAGGGUGACUCUCAUGCUGGUCAAGUGGUUCAUCCGGGCCAAUAACCGACAAGCGGCCUUCCGCGCGACGGACUCUUAUUUCAAGAACCUGCCUCUAAAACUUGGCCCCGUGCUGCGACGCGCGUGCAUGAACAUUGUGCACGCGCAGCUUGUGCCCGACAAGCCGCACCUGUCAGGUCACUACCUUGCACGACGCAUGCUAGCGAAGCUAUUGCGCCUGCACCCUGAUCUAAAACCAGACGCGACGACGCUCCUCUACCUGGUCAACUCUCUCCGGACGGUGCCCAAGUGCGGCACGGCGGCGAUGAGCCUCGUCCAGGAGUUCCGCCGACGCUUCGGACCGGAGGUUGUCGACGAGCGCGUGCGGUGGCGUCUCGCUUGGCUGGCCCUCAAGGAGCGGAGUUUGCGGCAUGCAAAACGCGUGUUUGCCGAGCACGACGCGGAACGCCGGCGCCAGGCUGAGCUGGAUCUACUGCGGGAGACGCACGGCCACCAAGCUCGGGGGAGAAAGGCAUCUCGUCGUCCCUCUUUCAGCGAGAUUCUCCCUGCGCGAGAGCUGGAGGAGUACUGGGUUCCUCUUCGUAAGCGCUUUGAGCAGCUGAGAGCCCGGCAGAAGAUGAAAGGGAAGGUUCAAUAGACGACUGCGGUAAACUAGAAGGAUAGGCUAAUACAUGCAGAGAUCUGUGUAUCGGGACCAACAACAGAAAGAUGGCGGCGGCGACUUGCUGUGUGCUAUGAAAUAGGCGGGAUUGUGUCGCUGGGCAUGGAGCGGUCGCCGGUGUUGGGAGUGGCGCUAUCGGUGGUGGUCCCGGCAAAGCCGUCGUCCACGCCCGACACCGAGUGGGACAUCAACGAACCUACAUACUUGCCAUAUCCAGUAGAUUCUCGGAGAUUUGACGCUCAAGAUCGGCAAGAUCGGCACCUAUCUCUCUCCCCGGCCCAAAUCUCGAGCGUUAUUGUUCGCCCACAGGCCACCACUAACUCUGUCUGCCUCACACACAUCAAGACCGGACAUCUUCGUGACGGCUCGCGCGACGGGAGAGCACCUCUACCAAAGGCCUCGAGUGUUCAACUUGCUCUGAGCACUCGCCGCGGAUACUCCAGGGAAUACACUCACCCGCUGCUAAGCCCUGCGAUGACGAGCUCCUCAUAUGCACUGCCUUCGCGUGUAGAUAUCCGAGCAAUCGGUACGGUGUAUUACUCUGAUUUAUUGCUUUCCAAACCUCUACUAUAACAGCUGUGCGCGCCCUCAUAUGCGCCGCCAUCAAACCCAGCGGUGGUCUGGCCUCUGGAGCGUAAUUCCUUACGGCUGCCUACUGGUCCUGCACUCAGCCUCGAGCCACAAACCGCACGCGGUUAUUCCAAUCUGCUAGCCACAAA